AUGGCGCAUCCGUUCGUUGAGCGUCCGGCCACGAUUGGGUUGCCCAAUACCGAACCCGAUAACGGACUCGGAGACGACUCCCUCGUGCUGGGUGACGAUCAACUCAAGGAAAUCGCCCGAUUUCAGGAAGAGAUCCGCCACCCCGAGACCGACGCGGACAAAUAUCGGCUUUGUACCAGGACAUGA